AAAUAAGAUUGACUGCAAUGCCUACAAGCCAAACUCGGGAGACAAACAUUCUCCUCGUCAUCAAGACGUCACGAAACAAGCCGGAAGUGGAAAUCAGUAGCAGUACGUGGCCUUUUUUUCCGAGACCCACAGAGGCUGCAGCGUCUCUUCGUGAUAAAAUGGAACUGGAGGCUAUGACCCGAUAUACCAGCCCGGUGAACCCGGCUGUGUUCCCACACCUUACUGUUGUUCUGCUGGCCAUCGGCAUGUUCUUCACUGCCUGGUUCUUUGUGUAUCCUAAAGAACUUGACUACAAUGAAGGAAAAUGGUGAGCCUAAGACUGUAAAAGUAGAGGUGGCUGUCAGCAAGGCAAAUUGCAACUGUCAGUAUCUUUUGCUCAGUGUGCUUUUACUCAAGGAAUGAACACCAAACAAUUGAGUAAAAAGUACACUGCCAAACCAGAACCAUAUUCCACUAUGGGUAAUGACACAACACUGAAUGCAGGCUUGAGGUCACUGGACAGAGGUAUUUAAUGAUGUAAAGUCCAAAUUCAGGUUUCUUGUAUUUCCAGUCGUCCUGUAGGCUUGUAGGACUUGGACACUUAGU